AUGAUGCUUUUCUUCGCUGCCAUCUCGUUUGCUGCCCUUGCUACGGCAUUGCCUGCCGGUGUUCAAGUCCAACCAUGGACGCCGCCUGGGGAUCACGAUUCACGCGGCCCGUGUCCUAUGCUAAACACUCUAGCAAACCACGGCUAUUUGCCUCACAACGGCCGCAAUCUUACGGCUACAUUGAUUGAAAACGUUUUUACUAGCUUCCUCAACGUUGAGGCGGGGUUUGCAGCCGCUGUCAAGGAUUUUACUAACGCUUGGGGCCACGAUGUGUUUAAUCUCCAUGAUCUGAAUGCGCCAGACAUCUUGCAACAUAUCGCCUCUCUCACUCGCGAUGACUACACAUCUCAGAAUCCACACAUCAGGCCCAAUGUGCAUCGAAUCGAGAGUCUCUUCGACGAUAGUCCCGCAAUGCACAUCGACAUUGACUCCAUCGCAAAGUCUCGGCUGCGUGUCCAGGCAGAAUCGCAUCCCAACAUGCUUUCCAAAGCCAGAUUCGACGCAGCCCUCUUUGAGGCCGCAAUGGUACUGGUGAUGAUGACGGACAACGUUCCCGAUGCGACUAGCAACCCUCCUCUGUCAGCGUAUCAAGCCCCCAAGGACCGUUUGCGAACGUGGUUUGAGCAGGAGAGGUUCCCUGUCGAGCUCGGAUGGACGCCAUCGAAGAGGGGUAUCAAGUUGGCGGAUUUGGAUCCAGCAAUCAAGGCGAUUACUGAGUCGAUGGAGCGACAGGAAAAGGAGCGUUCAAAGUCUCGUAUUGCGGCAAAGGUAGAUGCCGAGUGA